UGCGCAUUUCUACUUGAGGGGCUAAUUUUCCAAGCCAAAGGAGUUGUUGAAGAAGCACAGGGAAAUUGUUGGUUACUCUUUGCUCCUGAUGCUUGCACCAUGUCGAGGCGCAAGCAAGCCAAACCGCAGCACAUCAACUCCGACGAGCCCGGUGCGUUACAAAAUGGGAUUCUUCAAGACAAUCAAGCUGAGGAGACUGGAAAUGAUGUGAAGAGGCUCAGAAUGGAUGAGACCAGGGUCUGCAACAAAUGUUGCGCCGAGUUCUUUGAUGAAACCGAAUUUCUGGAGCAUGAGAAAAAGUGCACUAAAAGUCCGCACGUGGUCGUCAUGAAAGAUGGAGAUGGCAAUGAAGUGCCUGAAGAGUAUUCCCAAGGCUCUCCUGACGACCUGAGUGACCAGGAUGAUAGCCAGUCCAGCAGUCAUUCCAUAUCAAAUGUCAAUGCAGACCCCCUGGAAAGAACAGAGGAAGGGUCCAGCAUGAAUGCAGAAGACUCGGGACAGCAGGAUCAGACGGAGAUGCCUGCGAGCCCUGAGAUGCCUUUCCAUCCCUCACAGAAAAUGCAAGAUUCAAAUGUCACUCUUGAAACCAUUGCAGACACUAAAGUGGCUGUCUCCCAAAAUUAUUCAAACAAUAAGUCCCUGACCUCAUCGCAGGAUGCGAUACAGACUAUCCCGAUGAUCUUGGAACAGUUGGUGUGGCUCCAGCAACAGCAGCUCCAGCAAAUCCAGCUCACAGAACAGAUACGAAUCCAAGUAGCCAUGAUGACGCCACAAGGUCUCCAGUCAUCAGUAGGGGCAGCAAUGGAUCCUCUGAAAGCCCUCGGUGCACAUCUCUCCCAACAGCUGUCCGCCGCAGCAGCUCUGAUAGGAAAAAGGACCGGCAGUCAGAGCCUUUCUAUGGAGACGAUGAAGCAAGGUAAACUACCUCUGCCCACAAGCAUCCCUAGCUCUCUACCUGGAGGACUGGGAUCUAUGGCUUCUAAAACAGACAUUUUGAAGGGUGUUCCAGAUCUGGCUAGCCGUUUACCAGCACAACUGCCACAAUCAUCAGGUGUCAUGGGUUUCACCAGCACCUUCAAUGGUGUCCAAGGAGGGAUUGAAUCCUCCAAAAAAGUCAAGGCGAAGAUUCCAAACCCCCAACCAGAAAUAAAGAACGGUGAAUCGUUAUACAAGCACAAGUGCAAGUACUGCGGAAAGAGCUUUGGCAAUGACAGUGCUCUCCAGAUUCACUUGCGUUCUCACACCGGGGAGAGGCCCUUCAAGUGUAACAUUUGCGGAAACCGCUUCACAACCAAAGGAAACCUCAAAGUGCAUUUCCAGAGGCACAGGGACAAGUAUCCUAACAUCAGCAUGAACCCACAUCCUGUGCCAGAGCACCUUGAUAACAUCCCCACCAGCAGUGGUAUUCCCUUUGGCAUGUCUGUGCCAAUGGACGAGUCAAAUAUGACCGAUGUUGCGCCUAUGCCAGGCCAUCCUGCUGUUGGCUUCCACUCGUCACCCGCACCAGGAUUCAAGACAUUUGACAGCUUUGCAGGGGACCAAUUUUCCCACAGACCCUCGCCGUCAACAAAUGAUGGCUCGCCAUCUGUUUCCUCAGUGUUUGGCCAGGAGACUGGAGCAGAUCAGAAUGAUACUAAAGAACUGCUUGGAGUUCUGCAUCAUAUGAAUGGUACUUCCCUCAUAGGAGAACAAAGCUCUGGAACAGCAAAACUUCAGCAGAUGGUUGAUGGCCUGGAAAAGAGGACCAGUGACCCAAACGAGUGUGUUAUCUGCCAUAGGGUGCUCAGUUGCCAGAGCUCACUCAAAAUGCAUUACCGCACACACACCGGCGAGAGGCCCUACAAGUGCAAAAUCUGUGGACGUGCUUUCUCCACCAAGGGUAACCUCAAGGCCCAUUAUGGAGUGCACAGGGCUAACACUCCUCUCAAAAUGCAGCACUCGUGUCCCAUCUGCCAGAAGAAGUUCACCAACGCUGUGGUUCUGCAGCAGCACAUUCGUAUGCACAUGGGUGGGCAGAUCCCCAACACCCCGAUGCCAGAAAACCAGUUUGAAGCAGCAGAAGCAAUGGAGUCCUCUCUAUCAGAAGAGAAGUCUAUGGACAUCAAUGGUUUUGAAGCGAGCAUGGAGGAUCAUGAGCCAGAGCUAAACUCCCAGAAGCCAAACGAUACCUCAGAUUCCCUUCUGCCUGGCUCUGAGGAACAACCACAGAUGCACACUGCCCCCGCCGUGUUUUCCAGUCUUGACGUCUUGAAGAAUCUCACCUCUGCUCUUGCACUGAAACGACAGAGUAGCACCGCUUCGGAAAGUGAGGGAACGUCCAAAGAAUCGGCUCCCAGAGAACAGGAAUAUCACAAUGGCCGCAGUCCUGCAGUUUCGGACUCAGCCUUGUCAUUUCAUUCAUCUUCGCCACUAAACAACAACAGUAGCCUCAACAAUAACAACAUGAGUAGUAGCAAGUCUCCAGAGUCUGCUGUGAAUGAAUUUGCCCACAGCGUACCUCAACCAGAGAGUGAUGGCGCCGCUCAAGGUGGCACUGAGUCAAGUGGAGCCCUUGACCUCACAGCUUCCAGCAGUUUCAUCCCCAAAGUGAUCAAAGAAGAGCCUGGCGUGCCAGAAUAUGUUCCUGGUAACCUGUCUUUCAUGAGGAUACCGUCAAGUCUGGCAAGCCUGGAGAUUAAGCUUUCUCAAGAGAAUCCUUUGAGCGCUCAUGGUUUGUUCAGUUCCCAUAUGCCUCAGGGUACAGCCAUGACCUCCAUCUCCAGUGCACCACGACGUUCAACCAAACAGCACGUGUGUUAUACAUGUGGCAAGAACUUCUCAUCUGCCAGUGCCUUGCAGAUCCAUGAGCGCACUCACACUGGGGAGAAGCCAUUUGGCUGCAACAUCUGCGGCAGGGCUUUCACCACCAAAGGAAAUCUAAAGGUGCAUAUCGGCACGCACAUGUGGAACAACACGUCCCGGCGUGGCCAGCGUCUAUCUCUGGAUAAUCCCAUGGCUAUGAUGGCAAUGGGCUCCGAGGCAAAGAUGUUGCCAGAAUAUAUGCAGGCCCCCAAAGAACUGGGUGUUCCCUCGAUGAACUUUGACCAGUCUGUAUGGAACCAGUAUGCUGCUGCCUUCAGUGGGGGCCUGACCAUGAAGACCAAUGAAAUUUCUGUUAUCCAGGGUGGUGGCAUCCCACUCCCUGGGAGCCCUGCCGGUGGGCCUCUGAUUGGAUCCACCGGAGGCCUCGUGAAGAUGGAUGGAUCCCACUCUGGCUUGCCUGCCACCAUGGCCGAAAUGGAAAAGAACAGCGCCGGCAGCGUACCAAAAUCACAGUUCCCACAUUUCAUGGAAGAGGGUAAAAUUGCAGUUAAUUCUGCUUUUUAGCCUUCAGUCAAUUUACCACCUGAACUCCAGUUUUUGAAUGUGUCAUUUUGAACGAGGUACAAUCAAUAUUCAGAAAAAACAACCUUGUUGAAUCUACUUAGAUUGGUUGACAUUUCCAGUUACUUCAUUGCCGCUCUCUCCCCUCCAGAUCUGAACAAUUCUCAAGUGUUAAUUUUAGUUUAACUUGACAUAACUACUGUAGUUUUAUUUCAUUUAAAUAUAUAUGCGGGUAUUUUUUUCCUGCAACUUGUUUUGCUGUCUAUCCAGAAGUUUGAAUGUAUAACUUACUUGAAAACCGCUUUAACUCAAGACUGUCUCCUUGAUACCUUUUUUUGAAGGAUUGUGACUUUACUAGGAAGUUUCAGGGCAUGACUUUUUAAGGACAUCAUGUCCAUGUCUCAGUGUUCAAAAAUGAUGGUGUAGUUAACUGCAUGUAUCUAGAAUGAUUACUUUCCCUCUCUUGUGUGCCAUGGAUUUUAUGACAUUGUACAUUUUGGUAGUGGUAAAUGUCAUUAGCAUAUAUCAUUUUGAAGGGGUGUUUGAUCAGACAGGCAGAUUAUUCCAUUACAUCAUAGUACAACAGUCCAGUCGUUGGUGACGGAUAAUGUAGUUUACAAAACAGACUUUUAUCACGGUUGCAUUGGUACUAAGACCACUU